AUGUCUGUUACUGCUAGAUUUGGUAGGAACUUUGUCACUUCGGUCACACCAAAAGCUGAUAGUCGAGAAACAGCAGUCAGAUCACAGAGCAGAGCAGAAGGAGGGGGGGGUGCAAAAGCAGGUGAUUGGCCGUGGCAGGUCAGCAUUCAUGUCGUCGGCUUUGGCCAUAACUGUGGCGGGAGUCUCAUCACUAAAGACUGGGUUAUAUCUGCAGCGCACUGCUUCCAGAGUGCCGGUGUGUCUAACACUGUGAUGUACUUUGGUCGUCUGAACCAAUCCGGCUCAAACCCUAAUGAGAUGUCCAGGACAGCGAGUCGAAUCAUCAACCAUCCUGGCUAUGUCGGUGCUCCUUAUGACAACGAUAUAGCACUGGUCCAGCUCUCCUCCUCUGUGACUUUCUCUGAUUACAUAAGGCCGGUCUGUCUGGCAGCGGCUGGGAGUGUAUUUGGUGGAGGCACGGAGAGCUGGGUCACUGGAUGGGGCAGACUACAAUCUGGAGGCUCAGUGUCUGAUAUGCUGCAGGAGGUGACGAUGACAGUUGUGAACAACAUUGACUGUAAUAAGUCUUAUGGAGGGAACAUCACAAGCAAUAUGAUUUGUGCUGGACAGCAAGGGAAAAGUGCAUGUCAGGGAGACUCUGGAGGUCCAAUGCUCAGCAGGAACGGCUCCCUGUGGAUUCAGUCUGGCGUUGUGAGCUUUAUAAGAAUCCCAUGUGAUGACCCCAAACAUCCCAAUGGGUUCGCCAGAGUCUCUCAGUACCAGGACUGGAUCAAGUCUUACACGGGCAGCAACCCACCUGGAUUUGUUGCAUUCAACAAUGACAUUCAACAUUCAAUUCCACCUCCAACUCCAACUCCAACUAAAACUCCAACUCCAACUCCAACUGAAACUCCAACUAAAACUCCAACUCCAACUCCAACUCCAACUAAAACGCCAACUCCAACUAAAACUCCAACUCCAACUCCAACUAAAACUCCAACUCCAACUCCAACUAAAACGCCAACUAAAACUCCAACUCCAACUAAAACUCCAACUCCAACUAAAACUCAGACUGCAGCAUCAAACUCCAACUCCAGAAGCGUUCCUAGCCUCCUCUUAUUCCCCCUUUCUCUCACAGUCUCCAUCAUUCCUUUCACCUUCUCCCUCUUUCUCACUUCCUAA